GUUAGAGAUCGAAACACGAAGCCCAAACACACGGUAAAUCCAUUUGGAUCAUUCGCCUCCGAAAGACCGCCAUAGCAGACUUCUUCCCAAACUUCGAAGCUUCAACAGUGACUACGUACUACUGUCUCAUUUCCCUACUAUCGAACUGCUUUUCUAGCUCAGAUUGAGAACAUUCAAGACAUAAUGGCAGUAAUUGCAUCUGCUCCAGGGAAGGUUCUGAUCACAGGAGGUUACCUAGUUUUGGAGAGGCCAAAUGCCGGGAUUGUACUAAGUACAAAUGCUCGUUUUUAUGCAAUUGUAAAGCCAAUUUAUGAUGAACUAACGCCAAACAGUUGCCUUUGGUCAUGGACAGAUUUGAAGUUAACUUCUCCUCAAAUGGGCAGAGAAGCUAUCUACAAAAUGUCACUAAAGCAUUUUACUCUUCAAUGCACUUCCAGUGAAUCAAGGAACCCUUUUGUGGAAUAUGCAGUGCAAUAUGCUGUAGCAGCAGCAUAUGCAACAUUUGGUAAUGACAAGAAGGAUGCACUUCAAAAACUGCUUCUGAAAGGUUUUGAUAUUACAAUUUUAGGUGGCAAUGACUUUUAUUCCUAUCGCAAUGAGAUUGAAGCACGUGGGCUUCCACUAACCCCGGAAUCACUGGCAUCUCUACCACCUUUUUCUUCAAUUACUUUGAAUUCUUCAAGUGGAGAAAGUUGUAAGCCUGAAGUUGCAAAAACUGGGUUGGGAUCUUCUGCAGCCAUGACCACAGCAGUGGUUGCUGCUUUACUUAAUUACCUUGGAGUUGUUAAUCUUUCAUCUUCUAGUGGGGCCCAAUAUCAAGAAAAUCUUGAUGUGGUGCAUAUUAUAGCCCAAAUGGCACACUGUAUUGCUCAAGGAAAAGUUGGGAGUGGAUUUGAUGUUAGUUCAGCUGUUUAUGGAAGUCAUCGUUAUGUAAGAUUUUCACCACAAGUUAUCUCUUCUGCUCAGAAUGUAAUCAGAGCCCUACCACUAGAAGAAGUUGUGUCUGAUGUCUUAAAGGGAAAAUGGGAACAUGAAAAGACCAAAUUCUCCUUGCCACCAUUAAUGAAUCUGUUACUAGGUGAGCCAGGAACUGGAGGAUCAUCAACUCCAUCAAUGGUUGGUGCUGUAAAAAAAUGGCAGAAAUCUGAUCCUCAAAACUCAUCAAAUACAUGGAAACAAUUGUCAGAAGCAAAUACAACACUUGAAGCACAAUUAAAUUUGUUAAGCAAAUUCGCAGAAGAAUAUUGGGAAACGUAUAAAGCUGUUAUUUACAACUGCAGCAUGUAUCAAUCAGAAAAGUGGAGAGAGCAAGCAAGUGAAACGAUAAGUCAAGAAAUUGUGAAAACAUUAUUUGGAGCUCGGGAUGCCAUGCUUAACAUCAGGUUUCACAUGAGGGAGAUGGGGAAGGCUGCAGGAAUACCUAUAGAACCGGAAUCACAAACUCAACUUUUGGACGCGACAAUGAACAUGCCCGGAGUUUUGUUGGCAGGAGUUCCUGGAGCCGGAGGUUUCGAUGCGGUAUUUGCAGUUACGUUAGGAGAUUCCGGCCAACACCUUUCUAAAGCGUGGAGCUCACACAAUGUUUUAGCUUUGCUAGUGAGAGAAGACCCUCGUGGUGUUUCUUUAGAGAAUGCUGAUCCUCGAACCAAUCAAAUCACAUCCGGUAUUUCUUCUAUUAGUAUCGUGUGAUAUUGUAUUUUUAAUUUCAUGAUUACUUUAUUUAGAUGGAAUACAUGAUCACAUUGUUUUCGGAGUAUUAUAGGAAUAAAGUCGGUGUUUAUUGUUGUAUUUUUCUUCGAAUGUUGUAAUACGUAAAUUAAAUUGAUGAGUUAUGAACUUUGUAGCA